CACGAACAACAUAACAAAUUUUACUUAAUAUUCUGCUUCUACUCCUAGACAUUGUUUCCAUAUAGCGCAAAGGUCACUGCCAUCCGAUUGUCACUGCAAGCCUCUCUCCUUGAAACCAAUAUCGUGUGAACCCGAUCCUUCCUUAAUUAUGCUAUGUGGAUAGCCAAUUGCAUUCUUCUGUAGCUGAUAUCUGCUUAGCUUUCACCGCCUGGGGUUUGACGUGCAAACAUGAAGUUCAAGCUUAGUAACCUCAGCGCUUACGCCAAGCCAGAGGCGCAUCUGGUACAGCAAACAAUUCACGGGGCAUUAGUUACCAUAUGUGGAAUUCUUCUAGCGUCUGUCCUAUUCGUCCACGAGAUGGAGACGUUUUAUCGGCAGCAUCGGGUGACGAAGAUGUCAGUUGACCUAGCUCGGCGUCAUGCGCUGACCAUUAACCUGGACAUAACCUUUCCUGCGGUGCCGUGUGCGGUCCUCUCCAUCGACGUGUUGGACAUCUCCGGCACCGCUGAGAACGACGCCUCCUUCGCGCGGCACAUGCAGCUGCACAAGAUGCGGCUGGACGGGGCGGGGCGGCAGAUCGGCAAGGCGGAGUACCACACGCCGCAGAGCCAGCAGAUCAUGGACACGGGCGCGGAACAGCUGGUCAGCGUCAACAUACAGGAGGCGAUGCAGCACCUGGUGGACAUGGAGGACGAGUCGGAGCACCACGAGGGCUGCCGCGUGUCGGGCGCCCUGGAGGUGAAGCGGGUGGCGGGGCGGCUGCACCUCUCCGUGCACCAGAACGUGGUGUUCCAGAUGCUGCCGCAGCUGCUGGGGGCGCACCACAUACCGCAGGUCAUGAACAUGAGCCACGUGAUCAAGCACUUGGGCUUCGGGCCGCGAUACCCGGGUCAGGUCAACCCACUCGACGGCUACGUCCGUACGGUGGACAAGACGCCGUACAGCUACAAGUACUUUUUGAAAGUCGUACCCACGGAAUACUACAGCCGCUUGGGCGGCGUCACGGAGACGCACCAGUACUCUGUGAGCGAGUACGCGCAGCCGCUGCAGCGCGGCUACUCGCCCGCUGUUGACGUGCACUACGACCUGUCACCCAUCGUGAUGAGCAUCAACGAGCGGCCGCCCUCGCUGCUGCACUUCCUGGUGCGCAUCUGCGCGGUGGUGGGGGGCGCCUUCGCCAUCACACGCAUGACGGACCGCUGGGUGGACUGGUUCGUGCGGCUGGUCACCCGCAGCCGGUGAGGAGCUGCUGUCGGGGUGCGGAGCCGCCCGGGGGGAAGGCAGCCGUGACGUACAGGGUGCGCCCCCCUCACAUCACACCCGCAAGGCUGCCAGACACGCCACCGGGGAGGUACGGCGGGCGACAGCAGUUGGAUGCAGGUGGUGUUGUACGGGAGGGGCUGUGAUGGCGAGCUGUGAGGUGCAUGGUGGUAGGGACAAGGACGAAGUUGUGUGGGUUGGAGGGUGCGGCUUGCGUUGGUGAUCUCAACAGCUUACGCGAGCAUGUGGCCGCACUCCUUUGCACGAGGCAUGUGAGGAGGGCCGGAAGGAGAGUUGGGGGUGACGCUGCCGGGAUCCGGGGGGCAGUGCGGAGAGCUGU